UCCACCUCCGAGGAACUGGCCUCGCCAAAGCAGUAGGCUACCACCGAUUAGCUGGCCGCCCCCCCUCCUUAGGAAACACUGGCCAGAAGAGAGGCUCUGCCGCUGUUCGGCUCAUUGUUUAUUCGUCUGGUUUGGGUGAACUGCUGCCGCCAUGGCCGACGAAGGCAUGGAUGAACGGUCCCCGCUGCUAUCAGCACCGAACUCCGGGAAUGUCACACCGUUGGAACCGCCGUCAUACCUGCAGGACACAAGUCCAAGAGCUGAACUACCCCCCCCCUACACAGCCAUCGCCAGUCCCGACCCAGGGGGGGUACCCGUCAUCAACUGCCGGGUGUGCCAGUCCCUCAUUAACCUGGAUGGCAAGCUUCAUCAGCACGUGGUGAAGUGCACGGUGUGCAACGAGGCCACG